CCCCGGAGCCGAACGUCUUCAGUAGCUGGUUUUCCGCGUCUCAGCUCGGGCCGCGUUACUGUAGCUCCAGAGGAAGGCAGAGGACAGUACCAAGCCCUCAACGGGGAUACCCUGCCGCCAUGCUGCGUCUGAUAUUUUGGUUGUUCCUGGCCUCGAGCGCCUGUGCACAACUGACUGUGCGAGAAAGGCUGCAGUCCAACUUACAAGAUCAGCGGUUUUCCCAACCUCAGCAAGUCUCCCAACCUGCUGUGACGCCCUCACGCCUCGCCCAGCAGCCUUUCCUUGGACAAGACUCCUUGAUAAAACCUUUGCCAGUGGUGCAGCAAUCUUUCGCGCAGCAACCCGCCCGCCAGACCCAACAGACGGCGCGCCAACAGCAACUAGGACGUCUGAGGCUGGAAGAGAUCCGAAGAGAACAGGAAUUGCGGAGGCAGCAGGAGAUUCAGAGGCAACAGGCAGCACGGAGACAACUGGAGGCGCGGAGGCGACAGCAGGAACUUCGCCAGCAAGAAGAGAACCGGAGGAGAGAGGCGGCUCGCCUGCAGUUGGAGAGGGAGAGGCAAAGGCAGGAGGCGACUGUCAGAGACCAGGAGCGGCAGAGGGAGCAAGAAGAACUCCGACAGCGGCAGCAGAACCUCCGUCAGCAAGAAGCGGAAAGGCGUCGACUUCAAGCCAACAUACCAACUCUGGACGACGUUCGAGACGGGCCCUUCCAGGACGGCACUUACUACUUCGGCUUCGCCACAGGGAACGGCAUUGUGAGGGAAGAGGGAACUCGCCUCACUGGGCCCUAUACACAUGAGGUCACCGGGUCAUAUUCCUAUACGGCUCCGAAUGGCGAGGUGAUCACGAUGGAGUACAUCGCCGACGAAAACGGUUACCGGGCUUAUCGUGCGCGCCCUGGACGACUUAAUCCAGUUAUCCCACCGAAUCGCAUCUUUGAGCCGCCGCCUUACCGGCCGCCCACCAUUUCCCCGCUAGAAAACCGACCCUUCACAUCACCCGCAAAUCGCCCGCGUCCCACCUCCGUCAUCAGGCCUGUGGCUCCCCAGAACACGAACCUGCCGAUCACCGGAAGCACCAACCAACGACCACAGAACUUUAAUAUCCAGGUUACUCCACGACCACAGGUUUUCAGCGCCCCAAAUACUCCACGUCCUCAGAUUUUCAGUGCCCCAAAUACUCCACGUCCUCAGAUUUUCAGUGCCCCAAAUACUCCACGUCCUCAGAUUUUCAGUGCCCCAAAUACUCCACGUCCUCAGAUUUUCAACUCCCAGAUUCUUCCGCGUCCGCAAAGCUUCAACACUGUCCAACCUCAAACCUUCAGUACCAACGCUAACACCAACUUUAACAACCAAGAUCUCCAGCUUCCUCAGACUUUCAGUACUAACCAACCAGCCAGUUCCUUCAGCGACCAGAAUGUCCAGCAGCCACAGACCUUCGGCACCAGCACCUUCUCUCGGAGAGUGGGCCUGGAUGAAAUCUUGACAUUACCCGAAGAGGAGUAUGACUAUGGCGGAACGCUAACCCAGGCUGUCUUGGGUGCUCGGCCUCCUAGCACAUUUGACAGCGUACUAGACGUCUAAAUCCAUCCGUCUGUAUUUCAUUCGCUUCGCUACAGCUUCUUUUUUACUUGGCUUAUUACAGCUGCAUUUUAUUCGGCUCACUACAACUGCACUUCUCUAGUUUCUCCAAAGAACCCUGCAACGACGGCAGAUGGGUACAGAGACCGUCCUUGGGGCACAGCCUUUAAGAACAGCUGACGGUACUCUGUACAUCGGAAUCUAUCUGUCUUUAAUUUGCUUGCUUCACUACAGCUUCAUUUACCUAUAUAUGUGUGUUCUGGAUAUAAUUUUCGAGAGUUGAAUCCAUUCCUAAUUGGGUCGGCUAAAGGUUAAUGAGCUCACUGUCUUGUUGCUUCGGCGGUAUUCUGCGCGCAUGUGGCAUUAAAACUGUCAAAAAAA